AUGGCGGCUCCGGGAGCGCUGGAAGCGGCGGCCGGCAGCGUGCCGGGCACCAAGGUGGAGCUCACCGUGUCCUGCCGGAACCUGCUGGACAUGGACACCUUCUCCAAGUCCGACCCAGUGGUCAUCCUCUUCGUGCAGGGCACGGGGAGCAGCGAGUGGAAAGAAUUCGGGCGCACCGAGGUGAUCGACAACACCCUGAACCCCGACUUCGUCCGCAAGUUUGUCCUCGAUUACUACUUUGAGGAGAAGCAAAACCUUCGCUUUGAUGUCUACAACGUGGACUCUAAGAGCUGCUCCAUCUACAAGCAGGACUUCCUGGGGCAGGCGUUCGUGGCAUUGGGAGAGGUGAUCGGGUCCCAGCGGGGCCGUCUGGAAAGAGCCCUCACGGGGGUCCCAGGGAAGCGGUGUGGGACCAUCCUGCUGCUGGCCGAGGAGCUGAGCAACUGCAGGGACAUCGUCACCAUGCAGCUGUGUGCCAACAAGCUGGACAAGAAGGACUUCUUCGGGAAAUCUGACCCCUUCCUUGUCUUCUACCGCAGCAACGAGGACGGCACCUUCACCAUCUGCCACAAGACGGAGGUGGUGAAGAACACACUUAACCCAGUGUGGCAGCCCUUCACCAUACCCGUGCGUGCCCUCUGCAACGGUGACUACGACCGCACAGUGAAGAUUGAUGUGUACGACUGGGACCGGGAUGGGAGCCACGACUUCAUUGGGGAGUUUGCCACCAGCUACCGGGAGCUGUCCCGUGCACAGAGCCAGUUCACAGUGUAUGAGGUGCUGAACCCUAGGAAGAAGUGCAAGAAGAAGAAAUAUGUCAACUCUGGCACCGUGACUCUGCUCUCCUUCUCCGUCGAGUCUGAGUUCACCUUCGUUGACUACAUACAGGGCGGGACACAGCUGAAUUUCACCGUCGCCAUUGACUUCACGGCCUCCAACGGGCUGCCAUCGCAGCCCACGUCGCUGCACUACGCCAGCCCCUACCAGCUGAGCGCCUACGCCUUGGCACUCAAGGCCGUCGGGGAGAUCAUCCAGGACUACGACAGUGACAAGCUCUUCCCUGCCUACGGCUUUGGUGCCAAGCUGCCACCCGAUGGCAAGAUCUCCCACCAGUUCCCCCUGAACAACAACGUGGACAACCCCAGCUGUGCUGGCAUCGAGGGCGUGCUCGAGUCCUACCUGCAGAGCCUGCGCACCGUGCAGCUCUACGGGCCCACCAACUUCGCCCCCAUCAUCAACCAGGUGGCCGGCACGGCUGCCCAGGUGACUGACGGCUCUCAGUACCACGUCCUGCUCAUCAUCACUGACGGCGUCAUCUCCGACAUGAUGCAGACCAAGGAGGCCAUCGUUACCGCCUCCGCGCUGCCUAUGUCCAUCAUCAUCGUGGGAGUGGGGCCGGCCGAGUUCGAGGCCAUGGAGGAGCUGGACGGGGACGAGGUGCGCGUGUCGUCGCGGGGACGCUACGCCGAGAGGGACAUCGUGCAGUUCGUGCCGUUCCGGGACUACGUGGACGAGGCGGGCAGCCAGGUGCGGAGCAUGGCGCGCCUGGCCAAGGACGUGCUGGCCGAGAUUCCCGAGCAGCUGCUGUCCUACAUGCGGGGCCGCGGCAUCGAGCCCCGCCGCAACGCCGCGCAGUGA